ACAUCAUGGAUGGGCGUGAGGUCGAUUUGCUGGAGAUACUACGUGUUGGCAAGAGCAAGAAGCGCCUGCAGAAGAUGUUUACCAACUUGGGAGGAGGACGGACGGACAAGGAAGCCGUGGAGUUAGCAAUUGGAAGAGAUCCUGAAUGGCAGAUGGCUCUUCUGAGAGUUAUACAGCAGAUAGAGCUGGUUAUUACAAGCAAAACAGUGGCAGAGGUUCUUGGUUUAGAUUAUGCUGAUUGUGUCAAGUUUCUUCUUCAAGGAGGUUUAGUGCCAUGGAUGACUCGGAUACUUGGAAUGGCUUUGCCAAUGAGGAAUGAUGCAGCUGGAUCGAAUGUAGCAGCGAGGUGGCGACAGUCAUUUGUACAUUUAGUAAAGACUGUUUAUCAUUUGGUGAAAGAUCCAUGUAAUGAGUAUAAUCUGCAACCCUAUACACUGGCAACUGGAAUGGUUACUCCUCUGAUGAAGUUUCUCGACGGUACCCAGCAGCCUCUUGCAACCGUCUGGGCAAUCAGUGCUUUAAGCCAACUGUGUGGCAUGUAUCAAGACGCUUGUGAUAAAAUUGUGUCGUCUGGUUGUUUGUCUCAGCUCGGUCGUAUCAUUUAUCGAGACUCAGCGCAGAAAGUUAUUGUUGAACUUUAUAAAGAGGGUUAUAAACAAGAUCAGUUAGACUUCUUUAAUGUGUGGUUGACAUAUAAACACCACUUGGAUCCUGCCUCUGCCACCAAGAUGUCUCAGCAGAACUUUACCUCCUCGCUAGAGAAACAUCAUUAUUAUGCCUUACAUCUUGCCAGAACAACACAAUCUCAUGCAACCAUCAUUCUGACUGAGGUUUCCAGAAACAGAAUAUAUCGAAACGCAGUUGCCAAGGAACCGACUGUUUUCAAAUCUGUGCUGAAGUGGCUACAAACACCCAUUAUCACUCAUCACGAUGUGGUCAUGGUUUCCAAAGUUCUGGGCCUUCUGUCUCGUUUGUGUAUACUAGAAGAAACAGCUUGGAAAUUUAUUGACACGUACGAGCUUCCUUUACUGUUGGAACCACUCAUUACUAUUCCCGAAGUGGACGUGAUUACUUCAUGUCUGGAAUUGAUGUUAGUAAUAGCAGGACAUGUGGGACGUUGUCGAGACAAGCUGGCUGAAAGUGACGAUCUUAUGGUGGCACUCAAUGCAUACAUGAUGUCUGAUACUGAUGAGAUCUACAAGUUGUCUUUACAGACCAUCUUACAAGUAGCAGAUUCUCCACAGUCGUGUGUGAGGAUGGUAGAUUCCGGCAUUUCUGUCGGACAGCUGGCUGUUCUUCGCUCACGAUCAGACGCAACCAGUGAUGCUUAUGAUCGACUUCGAUCGCUGUUUAGGAAAAACAGCUGGACAACGUGGCGUAAACGUGAAGACGAAUACAGCGACUUUCAGUUUAGUCCGAGCAUUGUAGAGAGUGAGAAAUACAAGAAGUUAGGCAACGAGUUGUUCAAGCAGGAGAAGUACUUUGAUGCCAUCGCUCGUUACACACUUGCUCUGGAUAUGCUACCGUUUGAUGAGUGCAUCGACCACCGUAAUUUAUGGUGGCCUUUGCCUGCUGUAUUGUACAGCAACAGAGCACAGUGCUAUCUGAAAAUUGAGGACUGGGCAGCUGCUGCUAAAGACUGCACGUUUGCAGUGUCGAGGACUCUCAUAGAUGAGGAACAUAGUCAAGCAAUAUUGCAAAAGACUUUGUUUCGUCGUGCAAAAGCAUUUGCUGCCAAGCGGGAUGUGGUUUUCGGAGUCCACGAUGCAGCCUCGCUGCUGAGAAAGAAGCCAAGCAAAUUGGACAGCAAUUACUACACUCUCUUUAGAGAGGCGAUGGGAGCGUAUCGUUGCGAGUUUGGUGUGGAACCGAUCAGACGUUGCAUCGUCUGUAUGAAAGGGGAGGGCGAACGAAUUCAGAAAUGUGAACGUUGUUGUGAAGCCUACUGCUCACGCAAGUGUCAAACGAAGGAUUGGGAGGCAGGACACAAACUGCUGUGCCGUGUGUAUCGUUUGAAGCCCAACGAGGGAGCCAUCAAUGGAGCAUGCUGAUGUGAAUGAUGACUGUUGGAGAGACACUCUGUCAGUGCACUGUUGUUGUGUUUUGCCUGUUAUUGGAAAUUGAAAUGUUUGUCAGUAAAUGUUGCAGUUGAAGAUGAUGAGGGACAUUCGUAUUAUCGCUUGCUAGUACGUCAGUCGUUGCUUGGGCAUGCUGGUAUGAUAGCUUGUUAGGUGUGGCUGCAGUUUGUAUUUGCUGUGUGCUGUAAUUGUUUGGCAUAUUUUGUUUGGUUUAGUGUAUGGCUCUUUGUAUAACUGAUGUUGUGAGUGAA